CUCAAAGCAGAUCUCGCGAGAUCUCCAGUCAUUUUGUGUCGAGGAUGGAGGGCACACCCCAUGGCAGCAGCAACAAGGACGAAGCGCUUAAGUGCAGGGCUCUCGGCGUGAAGGCACUCAAGGAGGAUGACCCUGCCAAGGCAAGCAAACAAGCCUGACUGACACCAAGGAAGGAAAGAAGGACAGAUCAGCCACCUCACACCUCCCGCUUUCACUCAUAUGUGUGCAUGGGUGUCCGUGUCUGUCUGCAUGUGAUUUUCUGUAUGCAUCAUGAUCCGCAGGCCGUCAGGAUGUUCGAGCGUGCGCAGCGGAUGUAUCCCGAGGAGGCGGUCAACUCAUACCUCAUCAAGGCGCGAGCCCAGCUGGCACAGAAGGACUCCCACUCAUCCAGCAGCAAUACCGCUGCCACCACAUCAUCAGCCGCCCACUCCCCCGACUCGGCUGCCCACCAGCACCAGCCCAACGGACACCCGUCACACCCAUCCGGCCAGCCGGCACCCACCAGCUCAUCGUCUGUGUCGAUGUCUGCUGCGGGCGCGACGCCUCCGCCUCCCAAUUUCAUGAAGAUGCCCUCGCCCGACGGCAAGACCACUGCCAAUGGCGGGGCUGCUAGUGGUGGUGGUGGUGGAGGAAGGACAGAGCGCUCGUACAGUGAGGAGCAGGAGAAGGCGUGUCGGCAGAUCCUGAAGCACAGGAACCACUACGACGCGCUGGGGGUGCCGAAGAAUGCCAACGAAGACGCCAUCAAGAAGGCAUAUAGGAAGGUAUAGCUAGCUGAUAGGCAGGGUGGACCACCCUUGUGUGCAGUGCACAGGGAGGGGUGGAUUGCACAGGGAGGGGUGGAUUGCUCCUGUGCUGUGUGUGUAUGUGGUAUCUAUCUAUCACAUCACACUGCCACACUGCCUGGAAUGGAUGGAUGCAAUGCAGCUGGCGCUUCAGCUGCAUCCUGACAAGAACCAGGCCCCGAGUGCUGAGGAGGCCUUCAAGAGGGUGGCGCGGGCCUUCCAGUGCCUCAGCGAUGCCAACAGGAGGGCCAUGUACGAUCAAUUCGGUGGGUGGGCAGGCACAGACAGACCAAUCAAUCGCCACACUCACACUCACACACAAACAGACGGUCGCUCCUCUGCACUGCACGUUCGUGUAGGCGAUGACGAGGAGGUGCCUCAGCAGUACCGUGAUCAGUUCGACAAAGACCUGCUCACACCCGAGGUCACACACGCAGACAUUCAUUCACACACUCACGAGAUACUUAUAGGCCACACAGUGGCUUCUGGACUGGCUGCAUGACCCAAUCGAGCGCGUGUUUGUCCGUCCGCGUGUGUGUGUGUGUGUGUGUGUGCAGGAGUUGUUCCAGGCGUUCUUCUCGACCGAGGUGGGCCCUGACGGCCUCUCGCACGUCGUCCCCAAAGUCCGCAACCCGCCCCCGACAGAGUGAGUGACGUGCAGCCAUUCUUGACGGAUAUGUGUAGCUACCUACAUAUGUGUGUGUGUGUGUGCAGAGGUCAGCGUUAUGUGAUGCAGGCCAUGCAGCUGCUGCCGAUCGUGGCCAUCGUGGCCGUCUCGUUCAUCUCAAGCAACAUCGGCAAGGUCAGUCAGUCAGCCACACGAACUACCAUCGCACCCCCCCACACACGUCUUCGUGUCUGUGUGUCUCUCUGGGUGUCUGUGUGGUUCAUUCAGAGCCCCAGGUACAGCCUGUCAUCGUCUGACAAGUACCCCGUUCGGCGCGAGACCAGCCGGCUGGGCCUCACCUACUUCCUCACGCGAGAGAUGGCCGCCUCCACCGACAAGAAGCCACACAAGCGGGACCUCAAGGUGAGUGGAGUGGGAGGCAACGAAUCACACACGCCAUAGCUGAUACGGACAGAUGUCAGCUAUGGCUCGAUUCCCUGAUCCACUGUGCAUACAGCUGGAGCACCACAUCGAGCAGCAGCACAUCGACAAGCUCGUGAAGGCCUGCCGAGGAAGCCAGCAGCUGCAGCACAAGGGUUAGAUGGGCGGAGGGGGGGUGGGUGGGUCGUGUGCUCAACUUGUCACCCCCUCUCUGCUCUGUUUGCCCUUCCUUCAUCCAUCCAUCGGUCAGCCAAGGGGUCUGAGGGCGGCGAGCCGACUGCUGCUCCCAAAGUAGACACAUCAUCUUGCGAAAGACUGCACGAGAUAAAGGUGACUGAGUGAGGGGCACAAAGGGGCGAGACAAAUCAGAUGGAUGUCGUCAUCCCUGGCCGCCGUGUGUGUUGUGUGUGUCGUGUGGCGCAGAAUGCCCACUAUAUCGCUCCGGGUUUCCGGAUCCCCCCCCUGUCGCAGCUCAUGGCGGCCACCUAGACAGACAGACAGACACGUGUUUGUGUUGUGUGUGCUGCAAAGCACUACAAUCAUUGCACUCCGAUCCAUGCUCUCUGCGCGUGAAGUUAGUGACCCGACAAUGGCGUGUGUGGGUGUGGCGUGACUGACUGACUGAGUGCAUUUGAUAGGGAGCCGAGGCCGUCGAGCUGAAGUGUGUGACGUGCGCUGGAUGGAUGGAUCCGCACAGACACACAGACAAACACUAAUGCAUCCCUGGGUGUGUGUGUGUGUGUGUGGUGAUUUAAGUAGGUGUGAGUG